GGAUGUGACAGGUCCACCGGUGGAUUGUGGGAAGGCAUACUGACAGUGCCCUUGUGCAUUAACGGACCUCAACCUUUUCGUUUAACAAAACAAGUUCUCCAGGAUGUACAGGCAACUUUUGGGAUUAAGACAGCUUUCCAGGCGGACCAUCUCCAGCAGUGCUUGCAGACAGAUUGAAAACUCAGUGAAACAAAAACAAAAAAUGUUUCAGGAGGACAAUGGUAUACCUAUCCAUCUGAAGGGUGGGACAAAGGACGCUCUGCUCUUCAGAGCCACAAUGACUCUCACUGCCUUUGGGAGUGGAUAUGUUGUGUAUGAGCUCUUCAGCGCUGCAAUGCCCAAGAAGCCACAGUGAAACAGUGGCUUUACAAUGUGAUGGAACAAUCAUGCAUGUGCUCUUCAAGUUUUGGUAUCUAGGAAACUAUUUGUCCUGUCGGUAAUAACAAUGUUUAUAAAUUAUGAAAGAAAUAGAUAUUUAUUCAUUGUACAAAUCAUGAGAUGAAGUUAAAUAAAACAAAUAAAAUCUUUGAAUUUUGUGAUUUUA